AAUUUACAUACUAACGAUAAGUGACUUGCAGUAUAGUUUCUCUUAUCAAAGUUUAAUUUUGUGUUUUGAUAGCUUGUAAUAUUUGCUACCGUAAUUUUAAUAACAAAAAAUAAAUUGACGUUUUACAAGUGUUGUAACAACAUGAGCCAGUUGCAUAGGGAAUCAACAGAAGUUAAGUUUAAUGUCCCAUGGGGUCAUAUUGCAGGAAAAGUUUAUGGAUCUUCAUCAGAUCCAAAAGUUUUGGUGGUACAUGGUAUUUUAGACAAUGCUGGGUCAUUUGACAGGUUGAUAGAACUACUUCCACGUCAAUACCAAUAUGUGUGCAUAGAUUUGCCAGGACAUGGAUUAUCAUCCUCAUUUCCUCCUGGACUACCAUUACAUUUUUUUGAUUAUGUGCAUUCAAUAUUACUAGUUCUGGAUGCUUUAAAAUGGAAAACUUGUAUAUAUAUAGCACAUAGUUUUGGGUCUCAGCUGGGAACAUAUUUCAGUAUUUUAUAUCCUGGAAGACUAGAGAAGAUCAUAGCAAUUGAUGGGCUUGUACCUUUUCCAGUUAAAGAUAUAGUUUCGAAUAUUCAACUAUUGUAUAAUUUAGAUUCUUACGCUAAAGACUCAGGAGUACUUUAUACAAAAGAUGAAGUAAUAUAUGCCUUACAAUUUAGAAGGCAAGAAACAUUAAAAACAGGUGCAGCAGAAGCAUUGUUUAAGCGUGCAGUUACAAAAGUCAAUGAUUUAUAUAAAUAUAAUCGGGAUGUUAGAUUAAGAAACAUGGUAAAACCAAUUUAUAAGUGGGAACAGCACAAAGAGAUCUUCAGGGAAUUUUCAACCCCAAUUUUACUAAUUGUAGCUGGUAAUUCUAGUCGGUCAAAGCAAUCCUUCAAACAAAUAAACGAAAUAACCAGUGUUAUUGACAAAAAUAAAUUUUCCAUGGUUAUAGUAAAAGGAAAUCAUGAUGUACAUAAUAAUUACCCUGAAAGGGUAGCACCGCAUAUAUGUAAAUUUUUAAGCAACGAAUUAAAGAGUAAAUUAUAAAAUUU